AUGAUUGUUACUAAUUUAAUUGAUACGGCAUUCAAAUUACAGAAAUAUCAAAGAUCAGUAGAUAUUUAAUUAAUUAUUAGAGUUUAAAGUUUAAAUAAGACGUCUUUAUUAAAAAUUAUUUUGGGAAGCUUCUUUCGAUUGGUAUGUAUAUGGUGAUAGAAGAAUUCAAGUCAUUAAAGCUGUAAAUUAAGAAAUCUAACAAUCAAGCCAAAUUUCUGCUGCUUAAAUCACUCACCCUCAUUUCAAUCCUAAUUUUUCAAAAGGAAAUAGCUAUUUAAUAUCUUUUUGUUACGCAGGGCCAAUUGAUUUUUCAUUUUUUUUAUUGCUAUAAUUAGAUGGUUAAUAAGAUUGAGGUGUUUAUGUAUUGCUGA